AUGGUUUCAUCAUGGUUUCAAUAUAAUGACAAAUUGAACUUAAAAAAUAAGACAGAUUUAAAAUUUAUUCCUAGAUUAGUAUAUAAAGAUAAAGAAAUGAGAAGUUUUUCAUCAUCAAUCUAUGAUAUAGUGGAUAAGAAGAACAUCAAAAUGCUUGAUAAUGAAACAAUGUAUUUAGGUGUUAUACCUAAAAAUGAAGUUUUACAAAAAGUAGGAUUUGGACAUUUUUAUUUAUAUCAUCCUUGUAAUAUGGAUGCUAAAAAUAUUAAUGAGUUGGAAGAUUCAUUAAAAUUAUUUGCCAUCAUUGUAAUAAAUUGUAAUGCUGGAGUACAUAUUCCUAUUGUUAUGAAAAAUGAAUAUAAUAAACAAUCUAGAACAAUUGAAAAUUACUAUGCUUUGGGAUCAUUUGUUGAUAAUGAUAAUAAAUUUAGAACUAUUAAUGAUUUAAUUAAUCAUUAUAAACGUAUAUCACCACAACAAAUAAUAAAGGAUAACAAGAAAUUUCCAGAUAAUUGUAAAACUUCUGGUCCUGGUAAUAAUUUAUCCUCUAUUAACAAUCAUUCUUCUUCUGUUACUAACAAACCAAUGGUUCAAAAGAACCAAGAAAAACAUAUUGAUAAAGAUAAAAAGAAAAUUGUUGAAAAAAAUAUAACAAAUAAUAAUUGUGAUGAAGAAACUGAUCAAAUGUGUAUGGAAACUUUUUCUGAUAUUUCAAUGUCAUUACCUGAAAAUAAUGAUAAAGGAAAAGAAUUAUUAAAAAAAUUAUCAAUUAAAAAUUGUGUUAUCAAAAAACCUGUACCUUCACAAAAAUGUAUAUCUUUUUCUAAAAAUAAACCAGGUUCUGGUAAUGUUUCAGAAUCUACGUCACAAUCAAAGUCAACAUCAUUAAAAUCAUCUGAUCCAUCAACAACAUUAAUAGAAAAAUUUGAUAACAAAAAAAAUAUUAAUGAUAAAAAAUUAAUUAGAGAUGAUAACUUUUAUAAUAAUUAUUAUCUAGGUGAACUUAAAAAGAAAGAUCUUAAAGGAAUAGUUAAGAAACCAUUUGAUUUUGCUUUUUAUCAUCGUGAAAUUUCUAAAAAAAAUAAAAAAAAGAAGAAAAUAAUGUAUAUGGUAUAUAAACAACUUGAAGGAAAAUUAAUUCAUCUUCCAAUAACAAGAAAAAGAAAUCCAAAAUAUGAUGGUUCUAAAAGUUCAGUAAAACGUUUUUAUGUUCUUAAGACACCAUAUGAUGAUUAUGAUUAUUUUAAUAGUUUUAAAGAGAUCGUUGAUUACUUUUACGACAGAAUUGAAAAAGUUAAAGAAUUACAUCAAAAAUCUAUAAGUUAA